CACGGACGGAAGUAAACGGGCAGCUCCACGCCGCAGCUCCGACUCGCGAGAUCGAAAAAAAAAUUGCCUCGACAUUUUGCUGGUUGAGCUUCCAUCAAACACCACAAGCCCACGACUCGAUCAAGCAAUCUCGACGCUCGUCCAGCCCCUCAAUUGACUGAGUUCAGUACCCGCCGGGCAGUCGAUUGAUCUUUUUUUGACAUCUUUGACUUUUUCUCUCACAACCCAGCCGCCCACGAAAAUGUCCCGCUACCUGCGACCGGCAGUCCGUAUGGCUGCUACGGCGGCCCGCGCCCCGGCACUCAGAUCCUCGACUGGCACGUCGUCAUUAAUAGGCUCGCAAAGGGCUGCUGCCUUCCGCCCGGCAGUCUCGAUGCAGCAGAGGUGGGCGUCGUCGGGAACCAAGGAGUACACAGUCCGUGAGGCGCUCAACGAGGCGCUCGUCGAGGAGCUUGAGGCCAACGACAAGGUCUUUGUCAUGGGAGAGGAGGUCGCUCAGUACAAUGGUGCAUACAAGGUCACCAAGGGCCUGCUUGAUAGGUUCGGUGAGCGCAGGAUCAUCGAUACCCCCAUCACUGAGAUGGGUUUCACUGGUUUGGCCGUUGGUGCUGCCCUCAGUGGUCUGCACCCUGUCUGCGAGUUCAUGACGUACAACUUCGCCAUGCAGUCCAUCGACCACAUCGUCAACUCGGCCGCCAAGACCCUCUACAUGUCCGGUGGUAUCCAGCCCUGCAACAUCACCUUCCGUGGCCCCAACGGUUUCGCUUCCGGUGUCGGUGCUCAGCACUCUCAGGACUACAGCGCUUGGUACGGAAGCAUCCCUGGUCUCAAGGUCGUCUCCCCGUGGUCGGCCGAGGACGCCAAGGGUCUGCUUAAGGCUGCCAUCCGCGACCCGAACCCCGUCGUCGUUCUCGAGAACGAGCUGAUGUACGGCCAGAGCUUCCCCAUGUCUGAGGCUGCGCAGAAGGACGACUUCGUCAUCCCCUUCGGUAAGGCCAAGAUCGAGCGCCAAGGCAAGGACCUGACCAUCGUCACCCUUUCGCGCUGCGUUGGCCAGUCGCUUGUCGCCGCCGAGAACCUCAAGAAGAAGUACGGAGUCGAGGUUGAGGUUAUCAACCUGAGGUCCAUCAAGCCCCUCGACAUCAACGCCAUCGUCCAGUCGGUCAAGAAGACCCACCGCCUCAUGUCGGUUGAGUCUGGCUUCCCGGCCUUUGGUGUCGGUUCCGAGAUCCUGGCCCUGACUAUGGAGUACGCCUUUGACUACCUUGACGCCCCGGCCCAGCGUGUCACUGGUGCCGACGUGCCCACUCCUUAUGCCCAGAAGCUCGAGGAGAUGAGCUUCCCCACCGAGCAGAUCAUUGAGGAGCACGCUGCCAAGAUGCUGAAGCUGUAAAUGGUGAGGCACUUGGUGUUUGGGGAUGAAGAAGGCAGACCUGAUGUACGAAUAAUCCAAUAACUUUAACCGAACAAAGCAAACGGCCGCGUACGUGUUUUUUUCUGCCGAGGGGAAAGAAAAUCUAGCAAAGCUUUUUAGCAGUCAACUUCCUGAUACAAUUUUUUCUUUUUUCUGUCUUGUUCUUUAGGGGAAACUUAUAGACACGCAUUUUGCCCUUUGCAUGGCGGGCUUGGCCAUGUUUGUAUUCUAAAAACGCACUACCGGGCAGGCGGUGUUUCCAUGUCAAGUCCAGUCUUCUAGAGCGUCUUUCUGCUAAUUUGCGUACCAUGGCUUUUCAUGCUGGACCUGGACCUCCAAGCGUCGUCUUAUGUUUGAGCAGCUCAUCGGACGAGUUGACGGGCAAGGUCGUAUCUUGUGGGACGAAAACAGGACGAGCUGAAUGGAUGUGUCUCUUUCACUCAGAAUGAACAAACAACCUGCCUUUGAUGUUUAGCCGCAAUCAUAGGUAAUGGUCAUCCUGGACAAUCCACAGACGAAAGGACCGGGUCCAGUCAAAGCUAUACUGCCCCUGCACUUUAUAAUAUUUGCGGAAAGAAAUUACAUCGUUUUCAUCAUUGACAAUUGACAGGUACAAUAGAUUACAAAA